CGGAGCCGGCGAGCUGCUGAGGGGGAGGCGUGUGCUCGGGCGGAGGCUGAGGGGAAGGCGCGCACGAGGCCCGGCGUCCGUCUGUCUCUCUGUCUGUCUGUCUAUCUGUCUCCGGCGCGGGGUCUUCUCCGGGAAGGGAACCCGCUCCGGGCCGCCCGUGUGAGGCGCGGCUUCCCCUCUCAGGAGCGGCGGGUGGGCGCGGCGGCCAUGGCGGGGUUACGGCGGCCUCCGCGCAGCCGGUCCGCCUCACUUCUGUGGUAGCACCGGGCGAGCGAAGCCACCUCUGGUCCUCAUGGCGUCGGCCUUCCCCACGGCCCUGGCGGCGGGCCUGGCCACGGAGGCGUCCACGGCGACGGUGGCGGCGGCGUCGGGCCCGCUGAGCGCCUUGUGGAUGCUGGCGCUGGGCUUCGCCAUCGCCUUCGUGCUGGCCUUCUCGGUGGGCGCCAACGACGUGGCCAACUCCUUCGGGACGGCGGUGGGCUCGGGCGUGGUGAGCCUGCGGAAGGCCUGCGUGCUGGCCUCGAUCUUCGAGACGGCCGGCUCGGUGCUGCUGGGCGCCAAGGUCAGCGAGACCAUCCAGAAGGGCCUCAUCGACGUCGGCCUCUACGCCACCACCCCGCAACUGCUCAUGGCCGGCUCGGUCAGCGCCAUGUUCGGCUCAGCCGUGUGGCAGCUGGCCGCCUCUUUCCUCCGGCUGCUCUCGGGCACCCACUGCAUUGUCGGGGCGACCAUCGGUUUCUCGCUGGUGGCCAAAGGGCAGGAAGGAGUCCGGUGGUCUGAGCUGCUGAAAGUUGUCUUGUCCUGGUUCAUCUCCCCGCUUCUCUCUGGCAUAAUGUCCGCCGUGCUGUUCUUCGUGGUCAGGCUGUUUAUCCUCAGCAAGGAAGAUCCUGUUCCAAACGGAUUACGUGCACUGCCCAUUUUCUAUGCCUGCACAAUUGGGAUCAAUCUCUUCUCAGUCAUGUAUAGUGGGGCACCCUUGCUGGGCUUUGACAAAGUUCCCCUCUGGGGCAUGAUCCUUAUUUCCUCGGGGAGUGCUGUUUUGUGUGCUCUCUUCGUCUGGUUUUUUAUCUGUCCAAGAAUGAAGAAGAAAAUUGAACAAGAGAGAAAGUCCAGCCCUUCCGAGAGUCCGUUAAUGAGGAAAAAGGACAGCCUGAAAGAACAAGAUGAAAUUAAGGCCGCAGAGAACAUCAUGGUGGAUGAUGAAGAUGGGAGCAACCCAGUUGAUGUGCCUCACAAAGCAGCUCUUGAGGAGAGGGCGGUCUCUUUCAACUUGGGAGACUUGGAGGAGAUGCCAGAACGGGAGAAGGUUGAGAUGAAGGAAACCAUCAUCGACAGUGGAGCCAUGCAGCUUUCCAAUGGGAGUCUUGCUCAGUUGAACCACGUGGUGAGCAACCACAUCAGCGCCACCGGACAUUACCACACGGUGCAUAAGGAUUCUGGGCUGUAUAAGGAGCUCCUUCAUAAACUCCACCUGGCCAAAGUGGGCGACUGCAUGGGCGACUCUGGAGAGAAGCCCCUCCGGCGCAACAACAGCUAUACCUCUUACACCAUGGCCAUCUGCGGCAUGCCCCUGGAUUCCUUCCGGGUCAGGGAGACGGAAUCAAAGGGAGCAGAGGAGAUCGAGAAGUUGACGUGGCCCGGAGUGGAUUCCAGGAAGAGGAUCCGCAUGGACAGCUACACCAGCUACUGUAACGCUGUGGCAGACGCCCACCCUGCCGAUGUGGAUUUGCAGAAAGUGGAGUUGGGGGCCGCUGCUAACCGGAAGGAUAGCGAUUGCUCUCUGGAUGAGUGGCAUGACCAGGACAAGCCGGAAGUGUCUCUGCUCUUCCAGUUUCUGCAGAUCCUGACCGCCUGCUUUGGCUCCUUCGCUCACGGGGGGAACGAUGUGAGCAAUGCUAUCGGCCCUCUGGUUGCCCUGUACUUGGUUUAUCAAACAGGCGACGUGUCUUCCAAGGUAGCCACUCCUAUUUGGCUUUUACUCUACGGAGGUGUUGGGAUCUGCACUGGUUUGUGGAUCUGGGGGAGAAGAGUCAUUCAGACCAUGGGCAAGGAUCUCACGCCCAUCACCCCUUCCAGUGGCUUCAGCAUUGAGCUGGCAUCUGCUUUGACGGUGAUCAUUGCUUCAAACAUUGGCUUGCCUAUCAGCACAACUCACUGUAAAGUUGGAUCCGUGGUCUCUGUAGGCUGGCUGCGCUCGAAGAAGGCUGUUGAUUGGCGUCUGUUCCGCAAUAUCUUCAUGGCCUGGUUUGUUACUGUCCCCAUUUCUGGAGUGCUCAGUGCAGCCAUCAUGGCUCUACUCAAGUACCCUAUCCUGGAAGUGUGAAGCGGAUGUGCUGAGAAGCCCCCACAAGCCUCGGCCCGCAUCUUCUUGCCAAGUGGCUGAAACAGUGUUAAGGUGGCUCCACCAAUUGCAAAAAGGGCAGAGUGUAUUCUUCGUGCUGUAUCUGCUUCUUUGCCAACCUCUUUCUUGGAACUAGAAAAGUGCUAGGUCUACAAAUCAUCGUGUCUAUAUUUCUAAACGUUUUUUUGUUUAAAAAAAAUCUGGCUUUAAGUUCAUAUUUAAUGUUGUUAGAGGUAUCAUUCUUCUUUUGCAAGCUAAACAAACUUUAGUGAGCACAAAGAGGAGAAUGUAAGCUAGCAGAAAAUCAGUGGUGAGUGCCACUUUUAUAAAUAAAAACUUUUUAAAUAAAAAAAAAACAGGCUGUCUGGGAUAAAUGUAUGGGUGGGACAAUGAUGACUUUAUAAUAGUUGUGUUCUUGAUAUGAUGUGCUUGCAGUAGCAGUACCCAAAGUAAUUGGAGAUUACAAAAACAACUGAAUUAGUUAAAAACUGUACAAUUAGAAAGGCUUGUUACAAAGCAGAGAGGUUUGGCUAAUAAGCCUUUUCCCUUUUCUGAAAGUUUUAAGGUUCUUGUUUGGGGGAAGAAGUAAUUUCCAAAGUCCUUUGAUAAGUGUGUGAGAGGGAGUGAAAGAUAUAGUCUCUUAUUUAAUACUUUUUUGGUACCUGGAAUAAUUCUUGGAACAUUCAGAUGAAUAAAUAUUUAAUGAAUUUUGCAGGAACUGUGUUUGAAAAGUUCUGUAUUAUAUAUCUUGUACAGUUCUAAGAAUGGAAUUAAAUAUUUCUGCCUGUUGUUAAAA